AUCUCUGGUUUUGUGUCGACUUCCUCUUCUGUGUCGGCCGCUGCACGACUCACUUCAGGCUGCACUUCAGUUUGAUUCGAGUUUCAUAUAACUCCAGGUUCCUUUCAGGUCAUCCAUCAUGCUGCGUCCUUGUUGUCUCAUUAUCUGUGCCCUCCUCUCCCUGGCCCUACCUAUGCUGGUUGCCAUAGAGACCUGCCCAGCAACAGGGAUACCAGGGAUACCAGGUAUUCCAGGGAUGCCAGGCAGAGACGGUCGAGAUGGAGAGAACGGACAGAAAGGACAGCAUGGGGCGGCCUGGCAUGGCGGUCUCAGUCCACAGAGAGGAGAGAAGGGGGAGCCGGGGCUGACGGGAUUUCCUGGUAAACGCGGUCAGAGCGGGGAACCAGGGUUAGUGGGGAUCCCAGGUAUACACGGACCUCCAGGAGAACCGGGAGAACCAGGGACUGUUGGAGUCCAGCAGAAAGCGGCCUUCAGCGUGGCCAGAGCGGUCAACGAUUACCCCGACAGAGCGAGCGUGAUUCGCUUCAAAUCCGUCAUCACCAACAUCAACGAUGAUUACAACACCGAGACAGGAACCUUCAGAUGUCGGGUGCCGGGGAUAUAUUACUUUGUGUUCCACGCCUCUUUAGACGACCGGCUGUGUGUGGUGAUGAAAGUGGACAGCACACAGCUGACGGCGUUCUGCGAUCAUCGCCGCAACAGGAGACAGGUGACCUCAGGGGGCCUGGCGGUCUACCUGUCCAGGGAUCAGGAGGUUUGGCUGGAAACCCGAGACUACAGAGGAAUGAGAGGACAACCGAGUGGUUACAGCAUCUUCUCCGGCUUCCUGCUGCAACCUCACUGACCAUAAAAUGUCACCUUUUACUUCACAUAUUCACAGUUAUAUGCCAAGGCUAUAAAACAAAUUCAAAAAAUAUUGUGCUCCCCUUCCUUAAAAACAUUCUUUAAAUUUUAAGACUACAUGCAUAUCACUUUCAUGUAUUUGCAGGUAACGUCUAAAUGUGAUCAGUUUGUGUAAUCUCUGUAAAAUUAAGAUAAAACAAUAAAAUAAGAUACAUUUGACAAA